AUGAGAACCUUGUUGUCUGAGGUGAAGUGGAAUCAGGUUAUAGCUAAGGCUAAGGAGGAAGCACAGAGAAGGCAUAAUGAGGAUAGAGAAGGCAAGCCCUUGCCUCAGGUCGCUGUUCCCCUAGUGGACCCCCAAUGGAAUCCGAAUGAGAAGGAGGGUUGGAAGCUGCUUAACUCCUAUAAGGAACUGCUUAUACAUGGCCUCCAGCACUCAGCUGUCCGACAUAACAAUUGGGCAAAGCCUUAUGAGCUAAUCCAGGAAGCAAAUGAAAGUCCAGUGGCUUUUCUGCAGCAUAUUCGGGAUACCAUCAGGCAAACUACCAGUGCAGACCCAGAUGAUCAGGAUGAUGGACGUGUCCGGCUUUCCCAUGAGCUCUCGGAGUGUGAGAAAGAAGCCACUGGGAACAGAAAGGCAAAAGUCCUGGAGUGCCUCAAGAGCCUUAACAUUGCCUGUGCUGAGGAUAACAUGCCCAAUAUUGUCCUGGGAUCAGGUGGAGGUCUGCGGGCCAUGAUAGCCCUUCAGGGAACCUUAGUGGAGCUGAAGAAGCAGGGCCUGUUGGACACUGUCAUGUACCUGUGUGGGGUAUCGGGUUCCACCUGGUGCAUGCCCACCCUCUACCAAGAGAAGGACUGGACAGAGAAAGUGCAGGACUUGGAAGAACGCCUGUGCAAUACACUUUCCAAACUUCCACAUGAUAUUCAAGAAGAGUUUACUAUUGCGACACAGGCGGCUGAAGAUGAACUCUUCUCUCUGACUGAUGUCUGGGCCUCUUUCUUUGUCUAUAAAAUGUUGAAGCAGUAUGAUGAGACCAAGUUAUCUGAACAUGAGGACACCUCCACAAGUGGGACAAAUCCUUACCCCAUCUAUGCUGCAAUAGAAGUGAACAAAUUGGGCGAAGGUGACAAUAGCACAGGGACUUGGUUUGAAUACCCCCACGAAUCUGGCUUUCCCAGGCUGGGGGCAUUUGUGUGUACCAAAGACUUGGGAAGCAAAUUCAAGGAUGGGAAUCUGAACGAAAAGAUGGAAGAGAAAAGUAUCUGCUACCUGCAAGGUUUAUGGGGAAGUGCCCUUGGAAGCAUGGCUGCAAACAAGAAAUAUUUAAUAGACCUUAUUAAGGAAAAAUUCAAAAGACUGAGAGGAGAAUGGGGUGUCCACCACCUCCUGGAGCUUCACGUUCAUGCUACGACUGGGGAAGACUGCGAGGGGGUCUUUGGGCAGCUGAAGGAAGUGCUGGAAGGUGAGAAGAGUAAGAAUUCCUACAAGAAGUGCUGUGAAGUGCAUGAAACCUGGUGUUCGAUGACCUGGGAAGAAAGAAUGGCAGAGUGCACUAAACUUGUCAGGAUUUUUGAAAUGGAACUUGGAGGAAUUGUAUCAAGCACAUAUAAAUUGUUAUGGAAAACCGUGAUCUGUUUCUGCCACUGGAUGUGGAGGAGAACCAACAACUUUCUGUACAAAUGUGAAACCCAAUUCACUGGCUUGACCAACCACAAAUUCAUCCACUUGAUCGAUGCCGGCAUUGCCAUAAAUUCCGCCUACCCUCUCGUUCUGCACCCAAAGAGGAAAGUGAAACUGAUCCUCUCCUUCAACUUCAGUGACGGGGAUCCUUUCGAGGUAACGACUGUUAUUUAUUGUGAUGUCUCCCAACGUCCCAGUUGGGAUCAAGCACUACACAAAUACCCAGGACUUUACCCAUGA